ACGAUGGACGAGGACGACAAGGCCGAUGACGCCUCCCAAGAAACCCCUCAUAAAACUUCCAAACGAGAUCGGUUCAAGGGAGCCCUCGCCCGGACUAAGAGCAAGUUUAAGAAGCAUGGGGAUAAGAACGAUGAGGACCAUAUCUUGAGCGACGAUGUCAAUGAUUUCCUCGCUGCUGGUCGUACCUCCAUGUCGAGUCUGAACAAUACUGCGCCUUCCCGAGGAGAUGCACUCCCUUAUCAUCCUACUCCAUCAAAUCCUCACUCUCCCAGACCCUCAACUUCAGACUCGGCCUCAUUCACACAACCAAAGCAAUCCCCGAGAAGACUCAACGUCCCCCGGAUCGACGUUUCCAAUUCCCAGAGAUACCCAGGGGCACUGCCGAUUGGCACCUCCAAUUCCGAGAGUACCCCUACCAAUGACUUCCUACGUCCAGAAUACCAGAGUCGCAGCCAGUCUGUCAGUUCUCUCGCUAAGGGAAAACGGAGGUCAAGAGGUCUCAGUGUGACAUUCAUCGAGGCCCCUCCGGUGAUCAUCGGCAUUGGGGGUGAUGAUGCCCCUGCACCACCUGUUGAGAUUUCCAAGGCGAGAGCCAGAGCUAGAUCGGUGUCACCUAUGCGCAAUCGGACUCAGGCAAACGAUCCAGUUUACUCCCCAAACCGAUCGCCCCACCAGCCCUCCAAUGGCGGUCCUGGUCUGCCCAGCCACGGUCCUAGGCAAACACCACCAGAUAUUUUGAAGCCACGAGCGCUACAGCGUAUACAAACAGGCCUCACGCCAACCACCCCGGUCGGCAGAUCUGAUCUUGAUAAAGAGUUUGAGAUGUCACUGCAGCUAUGGGGAGGGGUGCACACGCCUGCAAGCUCGACAGCCUCGCCCCUGACCCCAGAAAUAUUUGCACCUACACCUAUUCGACCAGUCCAUCCCCCGCCCGCAGUCAUGGAGAUGCCGGAGCCUCAUGAAUUGAAAAAGGAACAUUCAAGUGGCACGCUGCGGAAGCACUUUCGGGAGGAGGGGAGUGCGCUGCGAACACAC